UUGAUUAAUCAGCUGUGUUUGUUAGGGAUGGAGAAAAAGUGUGGUUUACAGGAUGAUUUGUAUCUUAAAGAGCGUAGCUUUCAGGGAAGAGUACCGUCACAUCUAGAUAAAAACGAAUGUGAUGCUACUUGUGUGACGUAUAAUGGACUGGACGGGACACUUCUUCAGGAACAACAACACGGCUACUCUUUCAACCACCUCGAAGAGGAGGACUGCUGUAUGGAGAAUGAAGCUCUGGGACUGAACAUUGUCGUGGAAGAUGAAGAUGAUGUUAUUGAGGAAACAGAGGAAGAACCUUUUAGAGAGGAAGAGGAUGCUGUCUCAAUAAAGGUGAAGGAGGAAGACGUCUUGGGAGUGAAAGAGGGGGAGACAGAAUAUCAGAUUAACACCAGCCCUUUUCACACAGGAGAGAGACAUGACUAUGGUGGAUCCUCUGGGAAGAAGCCUCAACAACAUCCUGAUGCUGACGAGUCCGAGAAGAGUCUCUUCGGAUCAGAACACCAGAUGGACAACGCUAGACCUUCCUCCCUCCCGGAGUCCCCGUGUCGUGCCUCUCCCGGUAGCACCUUACUGCUGGGCAUGAAGAGGUUGUCUGUGCUGCUGGUGGACUGCAGGAAAACAACGGGGCUGAGUGGAACUGGGAGAGGUGGAGAAGAGAUGAAAGGAUCAGAUUUAACUCAUCAAAGAGGAAAACCAAACUUGGACGAACCAAAGACGUCCAAACCAGCAAGUCAACACCUCUGCUCCCAGAUUGGACAGAGUUUUACCAAGUCAGGAAGCCUGAAAAUACAUGAGGGAAUACACACAGGGCAGAAGCCCUUCCUUUGCUCCCAGUGUGGGAAGAGUUUUAAGCGGUUAGACACCCUCAAAGCUCAUGAGCGUAUACACACAGGGGAGAAGCCUUACAAAUGCUCAGACUGUGGGAUGGCAUUUUACUCAUCACACUCACUUAAAAGUCACGCGAGAAUUCACACAGGGGAGAAGCCUUUCCAUUGCUCCCAGUGUGAGAAGAGUUUUAAGCGGUUAGACACCCUCAAAGCUCAUGAGCGUAUACACACAGUGGAGAAGCCUUUCCAUUGCUCCCAAUGUGGGAAGAGUUUUAAGCAGUUACUCACCCUCAAAGCUCAUGAGCGUAUACACACAGGGGAGAAGCCUUUCCAUUGCUCCCAGUGUGAGAAGAGUUUUAAGCGGUUAGACACCCUCAAAGCUCAUGAGCGUAUACACACAGUGGAGAAGCCUUUCCAUUGCUCCCAGUGUGGGAAGAGUUUUAAGCGGUUAGACACCCUCAAAGCUCAUGAGCGUAUACACACAGGGGAGAAGCCUUACAAAUGCUCAGACUGUGGGAAGAUAUAUUAUUCAUCACACUCACUUAAAAGUCACAUGAGAAUUCACACAGGGGAGAAGCCUUACCUCUGCUGCCUAUGUGGAAAGAGUUUUAGUCACUUUGGAAACAUGAAAGCUCACGAGCGAAUACACACAGGGGAGAAGCCUUACCACUGCUCCCAGUGUGGAAAGAGUUUUAACUAUUCAGGAAACCUAAAAGAGCACAUGAGACUGCACACAGGGGAGAAGCCUUACAAAUGCUCAGACUGUGGGAAGACCUAUUACUCUUCACAGUCACUUAAAAUUCAUGUGAGAAUCCACACAGGGGAGAAGCCUUACCACUGCUCCCAGUGUGGAAAUAGUUUUAGUCACUUAGGAACCCUGAAAGUUCACCAGCGACUACACACAGGGGAGAAGCCUUACCACUGCUCCCAGUGUGGAAAGAGUUUUGGCCAAGUAGGAACCCUGAAAGCUCAUGAGCGAAUACACACAGGAGAGAAGCCUUACCACUGCUCCCAGUGUGGAAAGCGUUUUAACCAUUCGGGAAAGCUGAAAAAGCAUGUGAGAAUUCACACAGGAGAGAAUAAUUACUUCUCCUUGACUUCUUAAAAUGCAUCAGAGAACAUACACAGUGCUCCCAGUGUCUUUCUUUAAUUGUUGACUGAGAAGGUGUUUUCUUGUUUAUACCAUAUGAAUUUAUAUUGUACAAUGUAUACUCAAAAAUAUAUUUGUGUGUUUUUAUUAGAAAACAUGAAUUGAAUAUGGAGUACAGUGGUUCGUCCUUUAAAAGUUGCAGCGUACUGCAGCACAGCUUGCAUGGUGCCACAGAAUUCUAUGGCAUGUUAUUUACGUGUCAACCACUGUCACCAAUAAUGCUAGUAAGUGCUAGUUUGACCACCAGAGGGCAUCUUUGAGAAGCAUUUGAUUGCCUUCAAUAGUGGCUGUACUAGAGAAUUUAAAACUUGUUUUUGUAAGAACAAUGUAAAUGAGACUGAUAUCAAGAAAUGUUUCUUUAUUAAUUUGAUGAACCUGUUUAGGACUGGGGUUCCGCCCACCAGAAAGAGACUGCUAUGGUAUCAGCAGCACAAUAUUGUGUAGAGGACUG